AGAAUCCAGAAUUAUAAAGCCUUUGUCCGGCCAGACUCACUACAGCGGAGCCACGCCGUUACAUCCGACCAGAGACCCAACUCCUGCACUUCACCUGCAACCAUGAGAGAGAUCGUUCAUAUUCAGGCCGGCCAGUGCGGUAACCAGAUCGGUGCCAAGUUCUGGGAGGUGAUCAGUGAUGAGCACGGCAUCGACCCAACAGGCACCUACCACGGAGACAGCGACCUGCAGCUGGACAGAAUCAGCGUCUACUACAAUGAGGCUACAGGAGGUAAAUACGUGCCCAGAGCCAUUCUAGUGGAUCUGGAGCCCGGCACCAUGGACUCUGUCCGCUCUGGGCCAUUCGGACAGAUCUUCAGACCUGACAACUUUGUAUUUGGUCAGAGUGGUGCUGGUAAUAACUGGGCUAAAGGUCACUACACAGAGGGAGCCGAGCUGGUGGACUCGGUCCUGGACGUGGUUCGUAAGGAGUCUGAAAGCUGCGAUUGCCUUCAGGGCUUCCAGCUCACGCACUCUCUGGGCGGAGGUACCGGCUCCGGCAUGGGUACCCUGCUCAUCAGCAAGAUCCGUGAAGAGUACCCCGACCGCAUCAUGAACACCUUCAGCGUGGUGCCCUCGCCCAAAGUGUCCGACACCGUGGUGGAGCCCUACAACGCCACGCUGUCCGUCCACCAGCUGGUGGAGAACACAGACGAAACCUACUGCAUCGACAACGAAGCUCUGUACGACAUCUGCUUCCGCACACUCAAGCUGACCACGCCCACCUACGGCGAUCUCAACCACCUUGUCUCUGCUACAAUGAGCGGCGUCACCACUUGCCUUCGCUUCCCCGGCCAGCUCAACGCCGACCUUCGUAAACUAGCCGUCAACAUGGUCCCCUUCCCUCGUCUGCACUUCUUCAUGCCCGGGUUUGCCCCUCUGACCAGCCGAGGGAGCCAGCAGUACCGCGCCCUGACCGUUCCCGAGCUCACCCAGCAGGUCUUCGAUGCCAAGAACAUGAUGGCCGCCUGCGACCCGCGUCACGGACGCUACCUCACGGUGGCGGCCGUGUUCCGCGGACGCAUGUCCAUGAAGGAGGUGGACGAGCAGAUGCUCAACGUCCAGAACAAGAACAGCAGCUACUUCGUGGAAUGGAUCCCCAACAACGUCAAGACCGCCGUCUGCGACAUCCCACCCCGCGGCCUCAAGAUGGCCGUCACCUUCAUCGGCAACAGCACGGCCAUCCAGGAGCUGUUCAAGCGCAUCUCCGAGCAGUUCACCGCCAUGUUCAGGCGCAAGGCUUUCCUCCACUGGUACACCGGAGAGGGCAUGGACGAGAUGGAGUUCACCGAGGCCGAGAGCAACAUGAACGACCUGGUGUCCGAGUACCAGCAGUACCAGGACGCCACCGCCGAGGAGGAGGGCGAGUUCGAGGAGGAGGCGGAGGAGGACGCCUAAAGAAAAGUGGGCUAAGGGUUAGGGAAGGAGUAGUGCAGGGGUGUCGAUCAGGUUAGGGAUGGGACCAUAUUAAAAAAUGUGACCAAAAUAUUCAUAAACAUGCAAUAGAAAUGUUUACAAAGCACUACUGAAAAGAACAAAUCACACAAAAACACACUGAACAAAUUACAAAAAUAUCUGAAUCUGAAGCCACCACCACCACCAUGCUAUUCACAAUCUUAAACGCUUAAAAAGUAAACACACCUUUGUUAUUGAUUAGCACUGGUUUUAUGAUAAGGUAUUAUACGGUUUUCGUGUCCCAUCUCUAACUCUAAGUUCUGGAAAGCAACAGCCAUCUGCAGAGAUUAGGAUCCCUCCUCCAACACCAUUCUCCCAGCACCAUUAAUAAAUACACGAUGCACAGAGGCCCUCUCUGCAGCGCUGUCGCCCUCCAGGACUGCAGUUCGACACUCCUGGAGUAGCGGUAAUUUAAGGAAAAGGAGGAACAUGUAGCAAAGCACCUUGCGGAUCCCCACCGUAAGCGUCUCUGUCGAAGUAGAAGUUAGCACUAGAGAAACGGGGCCAAAAACAAACCAGAGGAAUCCUUGAACCCAGAAUGUUCUUCAAUGUUCAGAACGGAAUAAAAGAAAAUCAAAUGAAAGGACUCGACACUAGUAGGGGAUAGAUUUUAGUUGAUGUUUUAGUUCCUUUUUCUCUACUUUACCGAUGUCCUCACUUCUUCCUUCUUCCAGAGUUUCCAGGGCUUCUUGAACACAGAUUAGGCUUAGAUAUAGGAUUUCAAGAUGUAAGGCAGGUACGUCUUUUACUUGAUUUUGCUUCAAGAAAUUCACUUUCUACCAUAAUUUGACUUUGAAACAACAUACAUUUUUAUGCAUUGAUCAGUGGAAAACUGUCUGACAUUGUAAUUCAUUUAAAAACUAGGCCUGAUCCGUGUCCUGGAAACCAGACAGAUAGUUUUGGCCGGUCAGAUCGCUGCCCCAGAGGCAGAUAAAUGUUGGUUUGGACAGACUAGAUGCCAUCGGGGUGAUGUCAGAUGUGUUCCCAUCUCAUCAUCACUCUGAGGGAACUGGAGGGAAGGUUGUUAGUAGAGGACAUUCAAAGCCAUUUGCUUAUUUGUUCUUUUUUUCCUUUGGUUUACACUAUUUGCUCAUUUUUUUACUCUGUAGAGAGUCACAGAACAGAACAGUGUGAAGCGUCGACCCGUAGAAUGAUUCAGAAUGAUUGUAAGUAAGAGAGUAUUCCUCCUAACAGGAGCAUUGCACUACAAACAUCUCAACCCGUCCUCCUUCACCGGGAGCAGGAUUACAGUAUUACAGUAUUACGUCAAACGGUUUACAAGGAGCUGAAUGAAGAAAGCUUGUGAGGAAAAGUUUAGGGGAAAAGACAGAGAUGAAAUGAAGGAGUUUUAGACUGAGAGAGAGAGCUUCUUUCGUCUUCCCACCUGGACGCCGACCAACGUCUUUAGGAGGAAGGCUAGAAGACGGUAUUAAAACUGGAACUGGAACUGGAAUGUGUGAAAGAUCCUGUGUGGAAAAAACUGGAACUAUGAAGAGACUGGGAUUAUAGAAGAUGAAGAAGAAAGUUGCUGGCGAUUUUGAAGCGUGGAACCCACGAAAACUCGGAACUUCUUUUCCUGUGACUGAGCCCAAAGCUUUUUAAAAGUUGUUUUUUUGUUUAUGUUUGUGUUUUUUUAUAUCUUUCUUCAUUAAGUGUUAAGAAUGUCCUUACAUUUUAUACUACGAUUUCCUAUUUGGGGAAAAAAAAGAAAUCCUGAGCCUCUGGACAAAAAAAAAAAUCAAUAAAAUAAAAUUGGAA